GAUUCAUUCAUUUAUUUCAUUCGGUCUUUUCAGUCAGAUUUCCAAGAAUUUUGAAUUGUUUUGGAAAUAAGAUAAUCGCACAAUAUUUUAUAUCUUCAUAAAGUGGAGUUAUUUGGCUGUAUAAAACCGUUUGCAGCCUAGAACAAAAAUGCUUAAUUCAUUUUUCCGUGGUCUCCUCGGGACCGACGAUCCUCCGACCAAAGUUCUAGAGGUGAGGUCAGACAACUACAUCUCAAGGCCGAUCCACUACAGGGAGGAAUCGAUGUUACUUUACGGACCAAAAAUGCCGCCUGAUAACAAAAACUCGAAGGAUAAAUACUAUGAGAUUAUUCUACACAAACCAUUUACAGAAACGGCCCAUCAGAUGUACAGUCUAUUUCGAUCUGAAAACUUGGAGAGUGCAGAGGAAAAGUUUAUUGCUUUCAAAGAGAAAAUACCACCAUACAUCAAGAUCACAAAAGAAUGUACAAUACCAGCUCUACAGAAGCUCUGCGACACAUUAGCAGAGCACCAGGGCUGGACGCUGGCGCACCUCGCCGCCCAUUUCGGUCUAUAUGAGCUGUUCAACGAUCCCGAUGUGCAGAGACACAUCAAUGAUGUCGACCCACCUACGGGUGCCACUCCGCUUAUGGUGGCGAUCCGCACAGGCAACCUGCGCAUGGUGCAAGCGCUCAUGUCGCUCAAGUGUGACCUGAACAUGGUCGACUGCGAAGGAAACAAUGUACUGCACUAUGCUGCUGCAAGUAAUAAGGAGAUUGUUAAUCUAUUAACCUCUCUCGCGUCGCCGUCGCUCAACUCGUACAACCGAGCGGGUUACACGCCUCUGCACGCGGCGUGCGUCGCCAACGCGCCCGAGUGCGUGCGCGCGCUCAUUGUGGCUGGCGCUGACGUCAACCUGAGCGUCAGCAGCCAUUGCAACACGAGGCAUGGGAUACCUGGCAUAGUAGGCGAGGUGAUGCAAGACAACCAGCCCAAGUUCUACCAACAAGACAUGAAACAUGGCGGCACACCUUUGCACUGGGCAAUCUCUAGAGAAGUCAUAGAGGCUUUAGUCAGCAAGAAUUGUGAUAUAAACGUGAAAAACUUCGAUGGGAGAACCGCCCUUCAUAUAAUGGUGUUAAGAGGCAGAUUGGAGUGUGCUGUCGCGCUUAUGUCUAAUGGGGCUGAGACUUCUAUGGAGGACAACGAGGGCAACACUCCGCUACACCUCGCGGUGAAGCAGACUAACAUCCCCAUCGUACAAGCACUCAUUGUGUUCGGCUGUAAUUUGGAGGCUAAAAACAAAAAGGGUUUCACAGCGCGUCACUCGAUUCCAGUGGAGAUGUCUAGCAGCAACUAUGACAAGAUCCUGUAUACCCUCCACGCUGUUGGCGCUCAGAGAUGCCCCCCCGAGAUGACCUCCUGCGGUUCAUGGUGCGCCGCCAGGGGGGACUACAACGGCGUGCCCCCCCCGAGCGUGGCGCGUGCCCCCCCGCGCGCCGUGCUGUCUGAUAUGCUUCAAGCUGCUGGUAUGGAGCUGGCCGCUGAUGAUGCUAAGGGCAAGAGCGGACGCCUGCUCUGCCUGGACGGCGGCGGUAUUCGAGGUCUGGUCCUCAUCCAACUGCUCAUCGCGUUAGAAGAAGUCAUCGGAAGACCCAUCAUAGAGUGCUUCGACUGGGUCGCCGGCACUAGCACGGGUGGAAUUCUAGCCCUGGCGUUGGCCUCAGGCAAGACUCUACGUGAGUGUCAGAAACUAUACUUCAGGAUGAAAGAGUAUGCGUUUGUGGGCAUGCGACCCUACCCGUCUGAGGCACUGGAGACUAUAUUGAAGGACUGUCUGGGCACUGAGACAGUAAUGGCGGACAUAAAGAACCCUAAAGUGAUGAUCUUGUGUGUGAUUGCGGACCGAAAGCCGGUCGAUCUACACAUGUUCAGAAACUACGAAGAUGCACAGACCAUCAUGGAUAAAUACCACGGGGUGCCAGUAACCGGCGCAGAAGCAGGCGACCAGGUGUCAGUAGUGUCCCUCCCGCCGCCGCCGCCGCCCUCCGAGCAGCUGGUGUGGCAAGCGGCGAGGGCCACCGGCGCCGCGCCGUCUUACUUCCGAGCUUUUGGCAGAUACAUAGACGGCGGCCUCAUAGGCAACAACCCGACGCUGGACGCGUUGACCGAACUCUCGGAGUUGAGGAUCGCGCUCCGGGCGACGGGACAGGCGGCUGAGGCGGAAAAAACCAACCUCAAGGUCGUCGUGUCUUGUGGCACAGGUUUGAUCCCGGUGAUAAAGCUGAAGGACAUAGACGUGUUCAAGCCGGAGAGCCUGUGGGACACGGCGCGGCUCGCGUGGGGCCUAUCCGCCAUCGGAGGGCUACUCGUUGAUCAGGCAUGCCAAUCCGACGGGCGCGUGGUCGACCGCGCCAAGGCCUGGUGUUCCACGGCCGGCAUCCCCUACUACCGCUUCUCGCCGCAAAUGUCUCGAGACGUGGCGAUGGACGAGCGAGGGGACGAGCGGCUGGCGGCCAUGCUGUGGGAGGCGCAGAGCUACGCGCACGCGAACCGACAGCGGAUGCUGCAAGUUGCACAGUUGGUGGCCGACGCAUGACAGCCUCAUCUACUCGACACUCAAGAAAACGUAGACUAGUACUCCUUUCCUCUCUUCAAAACGUAUGUAUUACUCUUUUUGUAUACUAAUGUUACCCCUUUCCCUUCCCUCUACUGAACUUAAAACAAUAACUAGGAUAAGUCGAUUAUAAUAUGUAUCAUUUGGCACUUUUAUGUCGAUAAUAUUUAUUGCCUCGAUUGUAAGCUUUGAAAUCGCCAAUUCAAUAUACGCGUUUUUAUAAGAAUUGUGUCGUCUGUCGUCUGUCAUUUGUUUCGUCUUAGUGACCGCUAGAGGCGCUGCUUUGUAUGUAAGAAUACGAAAAAGUUUUCAUAUGCGCAAAACAUCAAAACUUACACUCGAGUUACUGGUAGUUGCAAAAGUGAUUUUAUAAGCCCGUUUUACAAGAGUUUUCAUAAGUCGUAGAGUAAAAAAUAAACAAGCUGAAGCCCUGUUUUCAUACUUAAGGAAUGCAGCGCUCUGAUUGGCUGAAUUAACGUUCAGCAAGAUUUAUGUUCAGACAGAAAUAGUUUGUCAAAUGAGAAAAUUAAUAUAUCCCUUUUGCAUCACCUUAUUGUAUCAGAACAAUUUAAGUACACUACAAUUUUAGGUAAUGCUAUUGCUUGAGAUUAUUAAGAUAGUGAAAUGACACAAAAUAGUGUACGUUGUCGUAAAUAUAAUGGCGGUUAAAUGUGUGUUUAAUGAAAUUUAUGUAUAAUUGAAGUGUUUUAU